AUGUCGUCGACGACGGUGAAGCCGACGUCGUACCCAGCCAUCGCCAACGCGCCGCUCGUCGGCCUUGCCGAAGGCAACGGCACCUUCUCCAACCUCCACCUCGCCGUCCUCCUCGUCGUUGUUCCUUACUUUGUCAAGUCUUGGACGCCGAUUGUCAACCGUGGAGGUUUCAAGACCUAUCUCUUCGUCGCGCUCCUCACGGGCGUGCCCACCGCCGUCGGCUACUGGGCGCUGAUGUCCCACAUUGGUGGAAGGAAGAACACCAAAGUCGAGCUGCCCGGGAACGAUAUCGAGACGUAUAUCACCAUCAAGGACCCCAAGCUCAAGGAAUUGUAUAAUGGCAAGAACAAGAUCCCUAUGCAGGUCUUCCACGACGCGUAUUUCGACGGCAAGAUUGAUGUUAAUGGUGAUAUGCUUGAGAUUCUUGAACAACGACAUGAUUGGGCCAAGUUCAACUUUACAUGGGCGCUGUUCAAAUAUGUGUUGACGGUGUUCAUCCCUGAGGUGAUCUUGCAUACUCAGCGACAGGAUGAGGAGCAGGUUAGGGGGCAUUAUGAUCGUGGUGAUGAUUUCUAUGAGUGGUUCCUCGGUCCUCGUAUGAUCUAUACUUCUGGUGUUAUUCGCAACCCCGACAUCGAAGAGUCGCUCGAGACCCUCCAGGACAACAAGUUGGCUAUCGUUUGUGACAGGCUCGACCUCCAGCCUGAGGACAAGAUGCUCGAUAUUGGCUGCGGCUGGGGCACCCUCGUCACCUACGCCGCCAAGAACUUUGGCUGCGACGCAACUGGUGUUACGCUCUCCAAGAACCAGGCGCAAUUCGGUACUGAGCGCAUUGCGAAGAACGGCGUCCCCUCGACCAAGGCCCGCAUCCUCUGCCACGACUACCGCGAGAUCCCUGCUGGUACCACCUACAACAAGAUUUCCUGCCUCGAGAUGUCUGAGCACGUUGGUGUCCGCCGCUACUCGCAGUUCUGCAGCCAACUUUAUGAUCUGUUGGAUGAUGACGGUCUGUUGUUCUAUCAAGUUUCUGGGUUCAGGCAGACUUGGCAGUUUGAGGAUUUGAUUUGGGGUCUCUUCAUGAACAAGUACAUCUUCCCUGGUGCCGAUGCCUCCUGCUCGCUCGGAUGGCACGUUACCAAGCUUGAGCAAGCUGGCUUCGAAGUGAAGAACAUUGACGUUCUCGGUGUCCACUACUCCGCUACCCUCUGGAGAUGGUACAAGAACUGGAUGAGCAACAAGGAUAAGGUCAUUGCCAAGUACGGAGAGAGGUGGUUCAGGAUCUGGACGUACUUCUUGGCUUCUGCUACUAUUGCUAGCCGACAAGGAAGCGCUUCCAUCUUCCAGAUGACCCUCCACAAGAACUUGAACGCCUACCACCGUAUCAAGGGUGUCAAGAGCCACACUUCCAUUCACAUCAAGCUUGACAAGGAGCCUUCGCUCGUUGAGUAA